UCAGCUGUAAACUGCGGAACUGUGUAUCCAGCGAUUAUUUAACAUUAUUUUGCGUUUAGAAUCUGUUUUAUGUUUGUAUUCCAGUUGAUUUUUGCCCGCACUUCACCGAUUUACCAGUUUGAUGUGAUUUGAGAUGUGAAAGCGUUAUUUCUUAUGAAAAGAAUACGUUUAUUUCAUUACAACAUUCAUCAACACGAAUGGAAUGUGUUUUCAGUACACAAAGUGGCAGGCGUGAUGCUGGUCCGAAUGAACAUGAAGGUAGCACUGGGCGCGCUGUGCGUCGCAGUGCUACUCUACAUCGUGUAUUGGGGACACUGCGGAGAGUUCCCCAGGAGGCCAAUAGGUUCUGUGUUGUCGAACGGCCUGUCAGAGCGCGUGGAAGAAGACAUAGAAUGUGUAAUCAACGGCGAGUACUCGGUGGCGUGCCGGCGCGACCGCGACCGCGACGAGGUCUUCGUGCCUUUCUCCCUCGUCCACAAGUAUUUUGAGAUUUACGGCAAGAUAACUUCAACGGACGGCAUCGAGAAAUUCGAAUGGUCCCACAGCUACGGUAAAAUAUACCAUCCGAAGAAGAAGUAUGACCCACGCGGCACCUUCACCACCUUCGAAAACUACAACGUGGAAGUUCGCGAUAGGGUCAAAUGCAUCAGCGGGAUCGAGGGGGUCCCGGUGUCCACCCAGUGGGACCCUAAGGGCUUCUUCUACCCGACCCAGAUAGCACAAUUUGGACUGGCUCACUAUAGCAAGUUUUUGACCGAACCAGAGCCAAGGAGAAAGGUUUUGGAUGAUGGAGAGAAACAUCUAGAAAACUGGAUAGUCAGUAAAGAUGCUACGAUGGCGAGGGAAUUUGAUGAGUCAGUACAGUCUAAUGUUAUAAAGUUUUCGACGUCAGAGCAUGUGGCAAGUCAGGUGUGGUUGAAGGUGAACGUGAGCCAGGACUUCGUGCUCAGUGCAGAUCUGAUGAUGAAGCCUAACUCCUCGAUGACCGUGGUGCUGCAGAACAAGGAUAAGAGGGAGACCGUGUAUUUGCAUUAUGUUACGAAUAUGCAGAUGAUAUAUGCUCAGGACGAUCAUAUAUACUACGGUAUAGGCGUGGAGCAGCAAUGGCGGCGCAUCACCAGGGAUCUUAUAAUCGACAUGCAGAAAGGCUGGGCGUUGCAGGACAGGCCGAAGCGGAGGUCACCACGGAAUAAGUUUAAGAUAUCGAGCAUAAUUCUAAGCGGUUCUGGCGCGCUGGACAACGUGACAGUGUCCCGCAGCGAGCACAUGGCUAUGUUCAUGGCGGCGGCGCGCUGGCUCGUGCGCUCGCAGCGCGCCAGUGCGGGCGGCUGGCCCGUGCCCGUCAGGAGGAGGAUGGCGCUCGGAGUCGCAGACCUCAAGCCGGGCUGGUACUCGGCGAUGAGUCAAGGCCACGCGAUUUCCCUUUUGUCCCGCGCGUACCACCGCAGCGGCGACACGUCGUACCUGCAGGCGGCCAAGCGCGCGCUGUUCCUGCUCGACGUGCCGAGCCACGCCGGCGGCGUCAAGGCGUACUGGAUGGACAAAUACGUGUGGUACGAAGAAUACCCAACCAAGCCGCCGCUGUUCGUCCUUAACGGCUUCAUAUAUACUCUUCUCGGCCUCUACGACCUGCACAUAAUCGAGGGCGAGAACUCCAUAUCCCUCGCCAAGAAGAUGUUUGACGACGGCAUGACCUCCCUCAAGACCUUACUCCCGCUCUUCGACACCGGCAGCGGCAGCUUCUACGACCUCCGACACUUCACCCUAGGUGUCAGCCCCAACAUAGCCAGGUGGGAUUACCACGCCACCCACGUCAAUCAAUUAUAUCUUCUAGCAGGCCUGGACAACGACCCAAUCCUACUGAAUACGGCUAAAAGGUGGGAGGGAUACAUGUUAGGGAAACGGGCAGCACAUAAUUGAACAAUGUGGGAUCAGGUUGGUAUUAUACGUCACUCGUGGAGUGUGGAGUCUUUGUUGACUAAUGUGGGUCGGUGGGAUUCGUAGGGUUUGAAAGUUAACACGUUCGCUAGGUCAAGAAGGUCAGUAAUGUUCGAUUCAGUAAUCUCGGAGUUUUGGAGGUAUUUUUGUUGGAUUCGUCGGAAAAUGUGGGAUUUGUGAAAUUGAGUAAGGUUUGAUAUGGAAGUUGAUUUUUCCUUUUUGAUAAUUUACGGUUCUGGCUCCUGGUGCUUUAAUACAUUUUGACCAAUAUGAAUAUAGAUCCGAGCGUUAGUGUUAACAUGCAUAAAAACUGAUUUUAAAUCGUAAAAAGUAAUGUAGAAGGUAGAAAAUGUAACAAAUUAAAUAUUUUUAUAUCAUAACAUAGUGGGUGAAUUGGUAACAAUAACAUAUUACAUAACAUUUGAAGUAAUAAUAUACUACUAAUUCUUUUAACAAACUUUGUCACUGAAGGCUUGUCUGAGUUAUGUAAGGAACAUUAAAUAUUUGAAUACGUAAGUUGUAGUCUGACAAUGUCCAAUGUUUUAUAACACAAAAUUAAACAUGGAAUUAUACUGGCGUGAGUUUUUGGAAAUCAAAUUAUAAAAGGCUUAAACAACAUUAUGCAGUUGUAAAAAAUGCGCAAUAAAAAAUAAAAUAGACUAAUAGUUUUUACUUCAAUCAUAGCGUUCAGUGACUUAAACAUAAUGGAAGACUACAACAGUGUUGCCAAAGAACUACAUUAUUAUCGAAUGGUGUCAUGUUUUACUUGGACUGUAGGGUUGGGACGUUUGACAUAUUCAUGAAACAUGGUCGUGUGGUGGGAUUCGCAAUAAAAAUAUGUGGGAUUGAAAAUAUAAGCGGAAUUGAUCGAACCCUACCAAAUUGUGUCUCUGUACUCUGAAUAACGCUAGAUGUCGCUUUAGCAACCCAAAUACCUCAAAUAUAGAUCUGCUGAUUGUUACAAGAUUCGCAAUUCCUAAUAACCUGACUUAACAUAGGUUUCUUAGUACUAGCGUGGGAUUAGGACUGUGUUGUUUUUUUAUAUUCGUAAUAUAUUUCUCGAAUUUACUACUUAUUAAUUAUAUAAUAAUAUUAAUUUUAUAAAAAAUAUGAUCAUGCUUCAUGAACAUGCCCGAACGCGAUGUAACAAAAAACAAAUAUAUAUACCAUUAAAGACUGAUAUGAAACAACUUUAAUAUUAUGUAUAUAUCAACGUACCUUAGUGUAUGUAUUGGCAGUAAUGUAUGAAGUUUAAUACCUUUUUGGCUUAGUCGGUCUGUUUAUGUAGAUAUAAUAAUUAUUACAUAAUAUGAUAGAAAACUUUCAGUGGAUUUGAAUCAACGUGGGGUUCGUUUGGAUAUCUCUCAUUACUUUGGUGGGAUUGGAUAGGCUCGGUGUAACAGUCUUUGUCGUCUGAAUAUUUUGCCAAUUCCAAAGUUCGUACAUUACAGUCAAUACAGUAGUUAAAUUAUCCAUCUCUUUGCUUUAUUUUGUACUUAAUGACUAAAUUUAAAACCUUAUUUAGUAUUAGUAACCAAAUAUCGUUAAAGUCAUAUCAUUGUACAUAGCUUAGUGAUAGUUGAUAUGAGACAAUUAUGAAUGGGGUUUGUAUAAAUGUACAUAGCAUUUUCAAGGAAGGAAAAGCUGGUUUAUGGUUUCAUCUUUCACUGAAUAAUGGUAUGAUCAGAUUAUUUUUUUUUAGAAUUUGCAGACAAUAUAAAAAAUUACGUUGCUUUUUACGGAAUUGUAGAUUCUUUUUCAUUUAAAUGAAUAUUGAUUUUCAGAAGGAAUAAACCAUUGUUUUCGAAAAAUGAAACGCUGGUUGCAGCUGGAAGACAUAAUGAUUAUAUGAAAAUAUAUAAUUCUAUGUGUAUAAAAGCAAUUGAUUUUCUAAAAUAUUAGUUUACUGUCUGCAAAUUUUACUGAAAAAUAAUUGUAUGAUAUGGAUAAGUGAUACAGGUAAUCUAAAAUGAGGGCCGAGUGCAUUAAAUAAUGUUUGAGACUGGAAUUAUAUUUAUUCGUAAAUGCGAAGUUAAGUAUCUCAAAGUAUUCGCAAAAUGAAGCAGAUUUAUUACGUAAUAUAUAUUUGUCAGUGUUUUUGGUACUUUAUGAGGGGCCGUACAAGUAUUACGUAACGCAAUUUGGGGGGGAAGGAGGAUCUUUUAAAACUUUACUAUGUGUACACGGGCGGGAGGGGAUACUCGUACAAAGCGUUAUGUAUCAUUGUUUUUUUUUUUAUUUUAAAACAAUAACAAAGGUAUUUUAGCGACUUUCCGGUAUUUUGCAUAAAAUAAUUGUGAAUAUUACAAAAAAAUUGGCACUUUAGAGUGACAUAACUUUUGGAGGGAGAGGGAGGAUGGCGUAUAGUUAAACGUUACGGCGCGUUACAAGGGAGAGUAGGGGCUUCAAAAAUCUUCAAAAAUUGCGUUACGUAAUACUUGAACGGCCCCUUAGCUGUUUUUUAAUCUAAUUAUUAGUCAUGUUUAUUUUAUUCAGUAGAUUUUGGUAUGUCGAUUUUAUCGCUGAAGGAAUUUAUGGCUUUUCUUACUUUAUUUGAAUUAUGGAUUUUAUUGUUUCUUUAAUUAAAAUGUAUGCGAAAGCUAUCAAUUACUUUAAGUAUACAAAAGACGAAAUUUAUUGGUGAUAUAGUUUCUUGCCUCAAUCGACCACGAAUUUAUUUAUCCGUUCUAUUAUAUUUAUUGGGAAUGGUAAAAGUUGGAAAAUGUACCUACGUUUAAUCGAAAAUUCUUGGUAAAAUAACACAUGUUGAAAUUGUCUACAAUAUUAUAUUUAAUAUUUUAAUUUACUUUAUAAUUACUGUAAACCUGGAGGAUGUAUGAUAUGGCGAUUUCAUUAAUGCUUGCGUGGACAGCUACCAUUUUAAUUCGACAAAUAAGGUCAUUUUAGAUAAAUCUCUACUAGGAGGCAGUUUCUUCAAGUUAUUUUUUCUACAAUAGCUGUUUUUGUGCUUAAUUUCUGAGUAGUAGCCGUUCUAAUGUAUUGACAAUUUAUACAUGUGUCAUUUUUUCAAGUAUUUCAAGUAUAGUGGUAAUUCAAUGUUUAUAGUUAAUUGUACAUAACAUCUUGCCACGUUAUUUAUUCACUUAAAGUUUAUUUAUUUUAUAGAACAAAUAAUGACAGCUAUGUUAAUAGUGAAACAAGGCGGAAUGUGGGUAGUACGAAAUAUUUAUUGUUUCUUAAUGUAUGUGUUUACAUGCCACGCCGCUAUAUGUAUGUAUAUAGUAGGAAAUAUUUUUUGUUGUGAAACAAGAAUUUUGAAUUUACAAGAUUACAGUAAUUGUAUGUAAAUAUUGCCUGCAUAUGUCUAAUAAAUUUUCCGUUUAGUUUUAUCCUAAUAAUAUCACUUUUGACGUUAUGCUCAUAUAAUAUCAGAAAUGUUUUGUAAUUUUCUGCCAGGUAGGGUUUAUUUAAUCGCCAGUCAGCUGAAGUUUUCUUACAUGCUCCUUCCAGUUUGCUGCUGUCAAGUUAUUCUCAGGAAAUACAAUGUAGAGUUUAUUGAAUGUUCAGAGUAUAUGUAACGUGUCUUAUGAUGAUUCGAAAAGAAAAAAUGAAUAUAUUAGAAUUGUUCCAGACCAUUUUAUUUAAUUUAUUUGUAUCGUUUGCGGGCGAUAGUCAUUUGUUUAAAAAAAUUGUUAAAACUUUGCUUCAGGGUUUCUCAUAAUGAGUCUGCACUUUACUUAUUAAUGUUAAGAUUUUGACUUACAUAUCUAAUUAUAUUAAUUUAAGAUUUUAGAACAAUUAUUCCGUUUGGAAAUUGCUUGUUUACGAAGCCGAACUUGGCUGAUGCACCACCGUGUCAUAAGCGAGGUUUAGAUUAGCAAGAAAACUUUCAGAAGUCGACUUCCGCUAGUAAUUUUUACCGUAUAACCAUCUCUGCAAGCUGACUAUUGCAAUUUGAACCUUGUAGGACUUGCGGCAAGUGUCAUGUGUAUAACGAAUGUCGAAUUUUAAUUUAUUUUUCUUGCUUUGAAUCACGAAACGAACUUGCCAUUCGCCUGAUGAUAAGCGAUACGACCGCCCAAAAACAAUAUAAACACCAUCCAUUAUCUGAAUUACAAAGUAUUGUUUGGUAUUUCAUUGCGCUCGCCAUCCUGAGACGUGAGAUGUAAAGUCUUAUAUCCAGUACUUACAUUGGCUACAAUGUCCUUCAAACCGGAAGACCACAGUAACUACACACUUGCUUGGCAGCAGUAAUAAGCAUUGCGGUGGUACCUAUCCAGGCGGACUCUCACAUGUAGAGACCUACCGCCAGUAAAAUAGAUUACUUCUUACGCUAUAUUGUUGCAAGAACUUGCUAGUCUAAACUCAGCUUUGUGUAAAAAGAAAUGGCAAAUUCCAAAGUUGUCCAAAAAUUGUCAGCCGGCUGGGAAAAUGCACAAAUAGGAUGUCCUGGUAUUCACUUAAAUUAUAAAUUAUUGUAAAGUCAAUGUUACUGAUAGGUGAUGAAUAAAAUGUAACAAACAAAAUUUAUUAUCUACGUAUGGAUGUAUUUCGUUAAAAUUAAACAUUCCAUUAAAGAGCUUACAGUGUUAGUCAUUAUCAUUGUAAAUAAAUUAUUUAUUUUUAGUUUGUAAACAUGUUUUUGUCUAAAGUAAUAUUUAUUUAAUUGUCGACGUUCUUAACAAAAUAUUUUUAAUUAUAAUUGUGUUUUAAGAGGAACAUCGGGCGUUUUGACAAAACAAUGAUUUGACUAGAGAUCUUAUGACUUAAUUGAUAUAGUAAUAAACAAUACCUUCCUAGUAACAAGUUUUGUAUAAAAUGUUAAUUUCAAGACCUAAUUUCUCAUAUAUACAACGUUGUAGCAUUUUUUAUGGGUCUUGUAUUUAAAUUGUCUGUUGGAAAUACUUCUGAUGUAUCGGAUGACGUCACACGUGUAUCAAACUGCCAGUGAGCGACAGUGCGUGCAAUUAAUUAAUUAUGUUCUCAGAUAAUAAUAUAAUCAACUGGUAGUACAUACCUACUCUGAUCAACAGUUUUGACCACAAUCUACAUACACGUGUUUUAUUUUUAAUGCUUUGAAUGACGAGUUGAUCUUGCGGUUCGCCUGAUGGUAAGUGAUACGACCGCCCAUAAACAGUAGAAACGCCAUCCAACACCUUGUAUUGUUUGGUAUUCCACUGCGCUCGCCUACUUGAGACAUGAGAUGUUAAGUCUUAUCAUGUUCAGUAGUUACACUGGUUACAAUGUUUGUUUAUUUUACAUAAGCUGCAUAUGUAUGUGGAGUACAAUAUAAAAAUAUUAACACAUUGUUUUUAUAUAGUUAUAUAACACUAUUAAUACAAUUAUAUUUGAACUUGGAAGUAAAAACUGCAUUUGACGUAACUGUAAAAGACAACAAUAACAUUGUUAACGAUGGUGGGGUCCAUUUUCGGUAGGUUCAAGUUUUAUGACCUUCUCUAAUAUUCAUGAUAUGUGUGACUGUCGUGGGUUUCAAAUUAAUACAUUUUGUGACAACCUCGGAUUAUCAAAUACGGUUUAAACAGGUCGUUGUAGAGGAACCUAAUGAAAGUGUGGAAACCACUCGUCUAUGUGAAAUGUAGAUAAAUGUAAUAUAGUUGAAAUGUUACUGCAUAACACUUUUUAUAUGUAAUAUAUUUAUUAGAAAACGUAGUUGUAUAGAGAAUGCACAUGUGAAUGACAAUAAAGCGUCUCAGAUUAUAAAA